CCCUUCCGGGUGUCGGCGCGGCGGCGGGCGCAGCAUGAGGCGGGUGACGCUGUUCGUCAACGGCAGCGCCCGCAACGGGAAGGUCGUGGCUGUGUAUGGGACUCUCUCAGAUUUGCUCUCUGUGGCCAGCAACAAGCUUGGGAUCAAAGCCACCAGCGUUUACAACGGGAAAGGGGGGCUCAUUGAUGACAUUGCUUUGAUUAGGGAUGACGAUGUUUUGUUUGUCUGUGAAGGAGAGCCUUUCAUUGAUCCUCAGAGUGAUGGGAGAGCUCAGGAGGAGCUGACAGGGUCCCACACAGACUGGCUGACUCUCAAUGUGGGAGGCAGAUAUUUCACCACCACCAGGAGCACUUUGGUUAACAAAGAGCCUGACAGUAUGUUGGCACACAUGUUCAAAGACAAAGAUGCUUGGGGGAAUAAGCAAGAUCCUAGAGGAGCUUUCCUCAUUGACCGCAGUCCUGAGUAUUUUGAGCCCAUUUUGAACUAUUUGCGUCACGGACAGCUCAUUGUAAAUGAUGGCAUUAAUUUGCUAGGGGUUUUGGAAGAAGCCAGGUUUUUUGGGAUCGACUCCCUCAUUGAACACCUGGAGGUUGCUAUUAAGAACUCCCAGCCAGCUGAGGAUCACUCUCCCAUCUCAAGGAAGGAAUUUGUGAGAUUCCUGCUGGCAACGCCCACCAAGUCCGAGCUGCGCUGUCAGGGUCUGAAUUUCAGUGGGGCCGACCUUUCCCGCCUGGAUCUUCGCUACAUCAACUUCAAGAUGGCAAAUCUGAGCCGCUGCAACCUGGCCCAUGCCAACCUGUGCUGUGCCAACCUGGAGAGAGCUGACCUGUCUGGAUCUGUGCUGGAUUGUGCCAACCUGCAGGGGGUGAAGAUGCUGUGUUCCAACGCAGAGGGAGCAUCCCUGAAAGGCUGCAACUUUGAAGAUCCAUCAGGCCUUAAAGCUAAUUUGGAAGGUGCCAACCUGAAGGGUGUGGACAUGGAGGGCAGUCAGAUGACCGGGAUUAACCUGAGAGUGGCCACGCUGAAAAACGCCAAACUAAAAAACUGCAACCUCAGAGGAGCCACGCUGGCAGGGACUGACCUGGAGAAUUGUGAUCUGUCAGGUUGUGACCUGCAAGAAGCAAAUUUGAGAGGAUCCAACGUGAAAGGAGCCAUCUUUGAGGAGAUGCUGACACCCCUGCACAUGUCCCAGAGUGUCAGAUAGGGGCCAGAGCUCGCUGAAGAGGAAGGAAUCCAAACAUUCAUCGUGACUUUCUUCACCUCCUCCCCCUCCUGAGUUCAAGUUCUGGUUAUUAGCCACCUUCCAUUUGCAGUAGUGCCUAGGUAAACUCUUCUGGAUCACUUUUGGGGAGGGAAUUUUUGUUUUCAGAGGUACCAAGAGAGAGUUUGUACCUCUGUGAGCAGAGUGAGGAAACCAGAGAAGUGUGGCUGGUGUGGGGAGGGGGAAAGGAUUCAGUGGUUUCAUUGUUUAGCAUUGCCUCACUUUGGAAUGCAUUUUAAUUUAUAAAGCACAAUAUAUGCAAUUCUAUUUAUUAAAUCUGUAGCUGCAAUAUGAAUAGAAAAUGUUACUCCUGUACAGUAGCAACCAAGUUGAGGUUUACAGGUGUUUAUUAUCUGUGUCCAUGCCAGGGGGGCUCAGUGUCCCCAGGGGUGCUCAGCUCUCUGCUGGGGUGGAAGCUGAUGGCAACAUCCCUGCUCAGAAAUUGGCUGGAUUUAAUUAAUCCUCUCCAAAUGGAGUGUGGAGGUGCACUGGCAGUCACAGCUGGUUUCACAUCCUGCCCACUCCAGGCUGGAGUUCCUGCAGAGUUUUCAGCCCUGGUGGAGCUGUCAGCAAAGCAGAGAGAGCCCAGCUGGACUCCACCCUCCCCUCCUGAGCUCAGCUUCCCCUCCUGUACUAUGCAAAGACUCCCUGAAAGCUGUCAUCCUUUUCCCAGCUGCAUCUCCCUGUUGGUUUGGGCACUUCAGGGUGGCUGGAAAAGCAUUUUACCUGGGGCCAGGUGCCCUCCAUGCCCUCCCAAACCUGCUGAGAGCAGCUGGAGCUGCUGUUUUGGGGGGAAUUGUGCAGGGCAGAGACCUCAGCACCCCUGGAUGUGCUUCCCUGUAGGAUCCACAGAGUUCUCAGCUCACACCAACCUUUAUUUUACACACAAUCAAAAAGCACAUGAAGAAACUAUACCAAAAAAAAAAAAAAAAAAGAAAAAAGCAAAGAAAAAAGGUGCAUCAAGAACUUACCUCAGAUGCUUCAACCACCCCAAAGUUCAAACUAACCUUGAAUUUAAGGAAAGCAAGCUGUUACUGUAGAAAUAGGAGGAAUAAGAACCAGUGGAGCCCAGCUGGAGUCCCACAGGAGCUGGAGCUCCUCAGUCCUUCAGGGGUUUUUGUCUCUCCCUUGCAGUGCAAUUUCUGUCAUCUUGUCUCAGUUAUUGUUACAAAAAUACAAAAAUGCUGCUUUGCCACCAGUCUGGGAGGGUCAGUGCUGAUGGUUUUUUUUUGGGAAUUGCAGGAUCAGUGCUGAUGGUUUUUUUUUGAGGGAAUUCCAGGAUCAGUGCUGAUCACUUGGGGGAAUUGCAG